GCAAAAACUGAGCACUACAGUUCAAGCUCUUCACCUAGCAACUCGUUCCACUUUAAGGGAAUGUGGGGAAUGUGAUUUUUGUAAGGUAACCGAARAAAAAUCAUCAAGAGAUUGGAUUCCUAAGGAGCUUCUACCAUAUUGACUGUGGUGCCUGGAUGUGAAGUGUCACAGCGGCAGGAGUCUCCUGCAGUGUAUUCAAGCUCCCUGACGUGUUUGGAAUGAAGGGCAAUCGUAGUGCUGCAGAGGGACACCCUGCAACUGGGGGACUAUGGAGGGGCUGAGUUUGGUGCUUCCUUGGCACUGUGUCCUGCCCCACUCUGCUCCCUUUGCUCAGAUCAGGCCAGGAAAAGGGGAGAGAACCCACSGGAACCGGUGCCUCAAGGACACAAGUGACCUUCUGUAGGUUAGAUAUCCCACAUACCAUUCAUGCUAACAUGGCAUGUCUCUAGAUCUAGGCAUGUCUCUCAGUUAYCAAAAACUGUAACGCAUACAAAGUAAACCAUCUUGUCUGUAAUAAGAUUUCUUUUUGUAUGAUGAUUAUUAAUAUUAAAAUGUACAUAUUCCUAAGGAAGAUGAGGAGUAAGUGUAGUAUAAAUAUGAGGACAGACUUUGAUGUAUGCUAUGUUAACCAAGAAAAAGAAAGCCUUUUCAGUCGUUUGUCUUAUCAUGUGUGUUUUCCUACUUUUGUUUCUCGUGUAUGCUUCAGAAUGACACACAGGAUUGCUCUAAGCAUGGCUCUGUGGUUGACCAUAGUCGGGAGACCUGGAAACAUGCUAUUGAGAAGGCUAAGCACAUGCCCGAUCCCUGGGCAGAAUUUCAUCUUGAGGAUAUUGAGACAGAGUAUGCUACUCGUUACAGAUACAACGCGGUUACUGGGGCCUGGGUUGAAGAUGAGGUCCUCAUCAAGAUGGCAUCGCAACCCUUUGGCCGUGGAGCAAUGCGGGAAUGCUUUAGAACGAAAAAGCUGUCCAACUUCUUACACACGCAGAACUGGAAAGGUGCCUACAACUAUGUAGCCAAGCAAUACAUAGAGAGUGUAGGAAGGGAUGUGUAUUUUGAGGAUGUCCGACUUCAGAUGGAAGCAAAACUGUGGGGAGAAGAGUACAACCGGCACAAGCCACCAAAGCAGGUGGAUAUAGUACAAAUCUGCAUUAUUGAAAUGAAGAACAGACCCGGAAAGCCUCUGUUUCAUCUGGAACAUUAUAUAGAGGGCAAAUAUAUCAAAUACAACUCAAAUUCUGGUUUUGUGCGAGAUGACAACAUUCGUCUUACUCCGCAAGCCUUUAGUCACUUCACCUUUGAGCGCUCAGGACACCAACUGAUUGUUGUUGACAUCCAGGGAGUUGGAGAUCUCUAUACAGACCCUCAGAUCCAUACAGAGAGUGGGACGGACUUUGGAGAUGGCAACCUAGGUGUUCGAGGUAUGGCCUUGUUCUUUCAUUCGCAUUCCUGCAACAAGAUUUGCAAAAGCAUGGGACUUGCUCCAUUUGAUCUUUCAUCCAAAGAGAGAGAUGCUUUGGAUUAUAAUAACGAAUUGCUUAAAUCUGCUCAGACCGUUGUGCGUGGCACAGAGGAGAGAUGUGGGAGCAGCCGGGUGAGAACCAUCUCCGGUAGCCGCCCUCCUCUGCUCUCCCGCCUGUCUGAAAACUCUGGAGAUGAGARCAUGAGCGACAUGGCAUUCGACUCUCUGCCCUGCUCACCUUCCUCAGCAACCCCUCACAGCCAAAARAUGGACAUGCUUAACUGGCCUGUGUUCAAUGAAGUAGACAACUUGGUUCACAAAGACUACGAUCAGCUUGACAAUCAAAGGGAUUUUGAAAAUGGUGGAGACAGUGGCUAUCCCAGUGAAAAGAGAAGUGAGAUAGAAGAUCUGGAUCACAAAGAGAGGGGCAAUUCAAACAACAACCGAAGACAUGAAUCUGAUGAAGACAGUUUGGGAAGCUCUGCAAGGGUCAGUGUGGAGAAAUGGAAUCUCUACAACUCUUCCAGAGUCCAUGUCCACAGACCAUCUUGUGUUGCACAUGAAAUUCAGAGGCUUAAUGCAUUAGAACUUGAAAAGAAAAUUGGGAAGUCAAUCCUUGGGAAGGUUCAUUUGGCCAUGGUUCGCUACCACGAAGCUGGACGUUUCUGUGAGAAGGACAAGGAGUGGGACCAGGAGUCAGCCCUGUUUCACCUGGAGCACGCUGCCGACUGCGGGGAGCUGGAAGCCAUCGCUGCGCUAGGGCUCAUGUGCUGCCAGCUGCCCCAUCACAUUCUGUCUGAGGUCACUCUGGAGGACACAGAGGAGAACAGAAGAAAAGGAUUUGAUUACUUACUGAGAGCAGCAGAAGCUGGAGAUCGACCUUCCAUGAUCCUAGUAGCAAGGGCAUAUGAUACGGGUGUAAAUCUUGCUUCAGACAGAGUGCGGGAUUGGAAGGAGGCGCUGCAUUGGUACAAUGCUGCCCUGACCAUGACUGACUAUGAUGAGGGCGGUGAAUAUGAUGGCACUCAGGAUGAGCCUCGAUAUCUGCUCCUGGCCAGGGAAGCAGAGAUGCUAAUGAUGGGAGGAUUUCACUUGGACAAAGAUCCACAGAAAUCAGGUGAACUGUACACUGAAGCAGCAGAAGCAGCAACAGAAGCCAUGAAAGGCAGGCUGGCAAAUCAAUACUACCAAAAAGCUGAAGAGGCUUGGGCGAUGAUGGAAGAAUGAUAUUGUAAUUAGGCAGUUCUUGUAUAUAAUAUUUUUGUAGAUGUAUUAUUAAUGUUUACCGCUAAAAGGAUAUAUUUUUAUGUACUGUUACCAGUUUUUGUUUUUAUAUUUUAGUUUUCUGACUUUGAGGGAAGAAAUCCAAAUAUAGGUAUUAUGUAGGGAACCCUAGUGUACUUCCACCUUUGUUUUAAAAUUGUAAUACCAGUACAAUUGAGCUUUUAUAUAUUCUUAACUAUUAUGAUUUGUUUGAGAAAAGUGAAGCUGACAUCUGUUUACAUUGCACAUGUCCAGCUUWUUACACAGCAAAUGAUCAGUGUGUUUACGUUUCUUCUCCUGUAUGUUUUCCUAAAUACACAUCGUGUCUUCAUUUUUGGUCUAUCUCAAGUUUAGUUAUCCUUUGCAUGUAAACAUAAAUUUUCAAUUUAAGCAUGUAAAGCAUGCAACUACUCUUAAUAAGUGGUCCCCUUCUAUGAAGCUGGUGUUGAUUGACUCUGAUAUUCUUCUCUAACAAAUUUCAGAUCUAAUCUUUACAUUUUGGGGGGAAAAAUGGUGCUUCUAAUUUGGCACCCUGAAUAUUCAGGGUGGGAUAUGUGUUUAUUCAUUAUCAGCAGUAUGUGUGUUAUGAUCAGAACAUCACUAAUGCGAGGUGAGGCAUCUAGCUACCUCUGUUAUUUCAACAUUUUUUACAACAUAAUAACCUAGCUGUUUAAAUCGUGCUCAUCUCUGAUUUAUCCAGUGACAAGACCUGUAACAUAUUGGUAGUAUGUAGCUAUCUUUACAGUGACAUCUCAGUUGCAGUGAAGCUGGAUCCUCUCACUUGAAAUGGUGGGAAGUGAAUUUUCAUUUUGAGGGACUUUUGAAAAAAGUGUAGAGAAUGUUUAUUCAUCUGUUUCUGUGUAUAGGGAAAAAAAAAACUUGUCUAAAUAACUUAAUGUGUCUGAUCUGUUCUCUCAUGGCUCAUAAAGUAACUUCACAUGAUAGAGUUUGAUAGAUUUGAGCUGAUCAGCGAAGAAUAUACAGAUUAAACCAGAUAAUUUAUUUAAUACUACCUGUGGUACAAAGUUUAUUUCCCGUAGUAUUAGAUAUUCAUGUUCUGGAGUUUUGCACCUAUAUUUUAGUAUCUUCUCUUAGCUGGCUAAAUUUCCUAAAAGACCUUCUCUCUUCAUGAGAGACAGACUUGCUGUAAAUGGUAGUUGAAGAAAAUUAUACUUUUGCAGGUUUUGAGGAGAAAGCAUUAUUAUCCCCAGACGCUUGAAUUUCUGUACCCUGUUUACAUGCUGCUAAACUAGUAAAGGGAAGACAAGCACACCAUAUUGAAUUAUUGCACAAAGGUAAGAUUCUUCCAAAUCCAGUUAUAUUCCAAAGCUCCAGUGCCAUCAAUAUAGCUGUUUUGAAAGCUGUAGUCCUAUUUCCUGGUCUUGGUUAGCAGUAGUUUGUAGGAGAUGAAGACAGAAUCUGCCCUCUUGCCUGUACUUUUCUGAGGAUGUAAACUGGCAUGAAUGAGGAACAACCACCAUGGAGUGCUGAAGGAUUCACAGUGCUCCUCAGCCUCGCUCUAGCAAACCUGUUAGGUAGGUAACUAGCUAGGUACUAAAACGCUCAAAUUUUGUGCCUAAUAUGCUGAAAUUGAAUGGAAAUCUGUAUUGUCACAACUUAGGUAAAUGCUUUAAGUGCCUGGCCACAGAUGUGUGGAUGCCUACAGCCCUUCUUGGAUGUGGCCUUUUGCUAUUUCAAUUCAUAGCCCUUAAGCAUCAGCUCUUCAUGAAAGGUAAAACACCCCUCACCUCUGAAAUCAGUUGAACAAUCAUAGAACGUUUUGUGCAGAACYGAUACCAUGCGGGCACUAUAACAUGUACCAACAAGGGAUUUAUUUUCCCUGUGUGGUGUUGAUGCCAAAUCUUUGAGAUUUUUUCCAUGAAAAAGAAGCACACUUGUAAUAACCCCACCAGUUUUGUAGGGAGGAGAUUGAAUGUGUCCAUCUAAAAUGUAAGUAAAGGAGUUAAGAGUAUAAUUGUUGAAACUCUUUGACAUAGUUUAAUUUGAUAAUUUCUGUUCUUGCUAAAGUUGCCCACAGCUGUCUGUAGACUUGGUGUGUAAAUAUGGUCACAGCUCUGAAAAAAUAUAAUGAUUAAUACUUCACUUUCUGUAAAUGUUACUUUUUUAAUGAUGUAGACUGCCUUCUGUCUUAAGGUGGUAUAAUAUUACUUAGUUCUACAAUAAUUAGGAGUUCGAAUGAUUUAAGAAUGAAACUGGUUUA